AUGAGAGCCAGAACAGCGAAUCAGGGAUGGCAUGGAUAUUACGUCACCUGCUUAUGCCACCUGAUUUCACCAUGGCUCCCAGGUGCCAGUUUGAAACGAACUGAACAUGAAAACAAGUACACGAUGAAAGCAGCUAAGAAAACAUUUGUGGGUAAGUAAAUCACCUCCCACACUCUGGAAUACAUUACUCACCUCAAGCAAAAGUCAGGUGGCAUUUGAAUAUCAGUAGGUGAUAGUGAUUAGUUCCUGUCAAACUUGUUUCUCCCUUUCUCUCUCUUCAGAUCAGAUGAAGACACCAUAAGGGAGCUGGUACUGUCAAAAGGCAAAACAAACGUCAGCCUCGUCACAAACUCUCUGUGGACUUGCAUUCUUUCCAAAAACUGUUGUUUUUUUUUACAUCCUCCCUUGAAAAAAAAACACAUUUCAUCUUUAUUGGGGCUUCCAGCAGUGUUCCUGUGCUAUCACUCAGACAACAAAUGUGUGCAAAGGGCGGGACGCGGGUGGCGCUGUGGGUUAAACCACAGAGCCUAGGACUUGCCCAUCAGUAGGUCAGCGGUUUGAAUCCCCGCGACGGGGUGAGCUCCCGUUGCUUGGUCCCAGCUCCUGCCAGCCUAGCAGUUCGAAAGCACGUCAAACUGCAAGUAGAUAAAUAGGUACCACUCCAGCGGGAAGGUAAACAGCGUUUCCAUGCGCUGCUCUGGUUCGCCAGAAGUGGCUUAGUCAUGCUGGCCACAUGACCUGGAAGCUGUACGCCGGCUCCCUCGGCCAAUAAAGCGAGAUGAGCACCGCAACCCCAGAGUCGGCCACGACUGGACCUAAUGGUCAGGGGUCCCUUUACCUUUACCUAUGUGUGCAAAAGAUGGGCAACCCUUCUGUUGCUGUGGCCGCCAGUUCUUAGGCUGCUUGGCUACAGGUCAGCCAACAUACUCAGCUCAGCUUGUGCACAUGUGUGUACAUUUUUACAAUGAUGGGAGGGAAAAUCAACAUGGGAAGGUGUGGGAACUCUAAGAAUUUUUAUGUGGUGGAACCUUCUUAUCUUAGCAUUAACUAGCUGAGGGGUUUGUUCUCCUUCCCUCUUUUUGAAGUAUUGCUGCUGCUUUUAAGUGGAUAAUUAACUCCCCACAUCAGCCUGCAAGCAUUCCAGGAAGGAACAGAGAACCCCAUGGAAACAUUGGAAGUUGCCUGAAGUGGUCCCACAAAUGUGGACGGAAGGGUACUUGGACCAUUGUCACAUUUGGUAUUGCUGGGAGAUAGGCGAGCCUCUGCUCAUGACGCUAGACUUUGUGGGCCUGCCAUGAAACUGAAUGUUGGAAGAUUCAGGACAAAUCAAAGGAAGUCCUUUUUAACGCAGCACAUAGUUAAAUUAUGGAACUCCUCACAGAAGGCAGUGAUUAGGGCUGGGAGAUAUCUGUUAGGAUAUAGUUCCGUUCCACUUUAAAAGGAACAGGCAUGACUGUUGUGUGUCAUGUGCCUGUUUACAUUCCAGCACAGUCUGCUGGGAACUUCCGUUUGUAUAUUGCUUUUGCUAUGCUGCUGUUUAGUUGGACACGAAGGGAAGCAGACAUGUUUUUCCUUUGUCCCUGAACUGAAUAAAUGCCUGUAAAUAAUGCUUACACAUGUCUCUGUCUGCCACUUCCGUUGAGAGAAGUUAUUCACUCUGCUGAGUAGAGUGUGCCAAGUCUCUAAAGGCUUGUGUCUCUGUUUGAUGCUGCUCCAAGGACUAGAGGCUUGUGUCUCUGUUUGAUGCUGCUCCAAGGACUAGAGAUUGCCCGGCUGCCGACUGGUGGCUGGAGCCAGCUGGGGGCCUGCCAAAUGCCCCCGUCUCCUGGCAGCAUCCCAACAAUAUCUGUAUUUCAACAUCAUGAUAUAUCACCAGCUACCCAUGGUGAUAUAGUGAUAUAUCACGAUGUCUGAAAUAAGGAGGGGUGGCUGGGCUGGGCUGUGGAGGGAGGGAGGGAGGGAGGGAGGGAGGGAAUGGGAAGGAGGAGCAACCAGGAGGGAGGGAGGAAGGAGGCACCAGCGUCGCCCAGAAGUGAAAUGUGCUGUCAUGGUCAUGGUCAUGGGGGUUCGUGAUACAUUGCCAGCUCAAAAAUUUUGAAAUUUCUUUCUGAAAUUCUGAACUCUGAAAAAUUGUUAUCUGAAAAUUCAUUAUCAAGAGCUGAACUCCAAACCAGUUUCAGAUGAUGUAUUGAUUUAUUGCCACCUCUAGCAGUGAUGGCCACCAACUUGGGUGGCUUUAAAAGGAAACUGGACAAAUUCAUGGAGGAUAAGGCUAUCCAUGGUUACUAGCCAUGAUAACUAUGCGCUGCCUCCAUGGCUGACCAUAGUAAUGCUUUUGAAUACCAGUUGCUCCCAUAGAGGGAGAGAAGGCUGGAGCACAGGUUCUCCCCGCCCCCUUCCAGAUUGAACCCUCCAUUGGGCAUUCUCCACAAUGCCCUGCAGUGAGCAUCAUUCCGGGGGGGGGGGGGGCAGGGAAUGGAAUUGGGGCAACCAAAAAAAAAAAAAAAAAGACAGGGCAAGGGAGGACAUUCCUUCUUUUUCUUGGGAGGUAAGAAAAAGGAGAACCUCAACAAUUUUAUCAGGAAAUAAAUCUGAGAGAUUUCAUCUCCACUCUAGAUCUUACCUCCCGGACGCUUCAGGCCAUACAGUGGUACCUCGGGUUAAAAACUUAAUUCGUUCCGGAGGUCCGUUCUUAACCUGAAACUGUUCUUAACCUGAAGCACCACUUUAGCUAAUGGGGCCUCCUGCCGCCGCCGCACUGCCGGAGCACUAUUUCUGUUCUCAUCCUGAGGUAAAGUUCUUAACCUGAGGUACUAUUUCUGGGUUAGCGGAGUCUGUAACCUGAAGCGUCUGUAACUUGAGGUACCACUGUACUACUUAAUAUGCCAAAAUCUGCCAGUCUGCUCCUCACCUUGAAAAAUACCAAGGCCCCAUCACUGGUGGACAAAGGUGGGGGUGGGGGGAGUGGUCCGCCCUGGGUGCCAUCCUGGGGGGUGACAUCGCGGCCGCCCCAUCCCCAGGACACUCAGCGCUCACCGCACACCCCCAGGAUGCUCAGUACUUGCCGCACACACAUCCCGACACACACCACACACCCCCGUGGGCGGCAUGCCAUGCCCCCUGGGACAUGCGCCAGCCACGCUCCUGGAUAUAUGCCACUCCUGGUGCCAGAGCAGGUAGCUUCGCCACUGUGCCCCAUCCCUCAUCUCUCAAAAUCUACCAGAUUCUACUACCUGGUCCACCAAAAGCUCCCCAGGCUAAACCCCGUGGCAAAAUCUAUAUUCAGCAUGAAUUACUGACAUACCACCGAUUUAGGGAUGGGAGAGAGAUUCAAUUCAUAUUUAAAGGCAAUGCUGUUUGUCUAGGAAAAGUUGUGCCAGGACUCACCAAGAAAAUCUUGUUCUCUUAAAAUGGCAAUGGCACCCACCUGAGAGGGGCCGGGACUGAGUUCUGGUGAAUUCCAGCUGGGGAAAAAAGCCCUGGUUAAAGGUAUAUUCAUCUAAUUUGCCCUUUCUGAACCAAAAUGCAGCUCCUUUGAAAUCCGCACUUCUUCGAUUUUGUAGCGCAAUUCUCCAAGUGCAAUUUCAGCUUCUCAUCUUCGUAGGGGUUUGGGGCAGGAGGGAUCGAUUAGUUUAAAGAAAGAAUCAUGUGGGAUGGAAGUUCUGUUUGUGAAAGCACAGCAGUAUAUAGCGAAGCUGCACUUACGAAAGACCCUACCAGUUUCCCCGCUGCGGCCAGGAUUAAGGUUUUCUGGACAGCACUGUGAAUAAAUUAUUUUCCCCUCCAUGAGCCUCUUUCCUUGACAUUUAAUUUAUGCAUCAUGUUGACUUUUUAAAGAACAGAAAGAAAUAAUCCUUUGUUAUUAACAGUACUGUUAAUAAGCACUUGGUGUUCAUUAACUCCUUGCAUUUUUCAAUGAAUCACUCCGUUCAGACCCCCCAAGAGUUGAAAUGCACAGACUCUGGGGAAUUUACACAGCUACUGUUAAUAACAGAGAUUCUUAAUUCUCUUUCUACACAGAGUAUCCCUCUUGUAUUCCACAGUAUCCACUAGAUUCAUCAAGGCAAGCUGACCAGAUGUACUGAGAUUUUAAAAAAAGGGAGUGAAUUAACCUUGGCUUUGUUUUCAGAGCAAAAGCAAACUUCUCAAGUCCAGUAAGAGAAGUAAGAGAAGAUAAAAUGCUGCAGGAUAUUCCUUAAUUUCAUAGGCCAGCCGUGAAAAUGUACUACUGAAUGAACAUGAGGCAAUUUAGAAAUAAUCAUUUCCAUUGCAGUGCAGACUGCCGUAGACGAUCUGCUUCCAGCCUAAGCAACUAAACAAUGCCAUGUCAAAGAUUUAAGGUUAAUCCACAUUUCUUCUUGUCCUGCUCCUUUCCCCCAGGGAAAAUCACUGUUUAGCACUUAGAGGGAAAAGAAACCUUUAAAAUAGUGUCUAUCCUGGGUUGCCAGGUCAUGUGACAGAGCUGAAUGGGCUUAGGAGCCAGCCUACAUCUCCCCUCUGCUCCUGCCCUCACCAUACCGCUGGAAUUCCCCUUUUGGGGACUUACACACAGCAUUAAAAAUGUUUUGGAUCUUCUUAGCCCAUGAAAAGCUUUAUAUUGUGGGUUAUCUAUUGUGCGAAGUUUUGUACUACAGACAUCCAGGCUGCUGCGAACAGUUAUGUUACCAGUUCUUUAGAUUGCAAUCUUUGGUUGCAGCCCAUAUUUUUGUAUCUUUACAUUUGCUGAUCCAGUUUGUGUAGAUAUCUCAUGCAUGAUAAAAUUAAAUUAAAUUUAAAAACAAAACAGAAAAAGGACACAGCUGGCUGGCUGAAAUCUUCAACUGGAGCACUCUUGUCAGGGAUGAAAUAUUUCGAUGCAGAAUCCAGCAGCAGGGGUAGGUUGGCUUUAGAUCCAUUCCAGCUUUCGCUCUGGUCAUGGGACCGAGACGGCUCUGGUCAUCCUUAACUGAUGAUUUCCAUAGGCGGCUGGACCGAGGUGGGUUGGGGCUGUUGAUUCUCUUAGAUCUAUCAGCAGCCUUCGACGUGGGCAAUCACAAACCUCUGGACCGCCGCCUCGCCAACAUGGGGAUUCGGGGCACAGUCCUUCAAUGGCUGCACUCGUUCCUUUCUGGUUGGGGACAGAGGGUGGCACUGGGCAGGGGAAGAGCUGUCGUUGCACCACUCCUUGGUGUGUGGAGUGCCGCAGGGCGCAAUUCUCUCCCCAACGCUUUUCAACAUCUUUAUGUGCCCCCUUGCCCAACUUGUCCGGAGUUUUGGGUUGGACUGCUAUCAGUAUGCUGAUGACACCCAACUCUAGCCAGCGUGGUGUAGUGGUUAAGAGCGGUAGUCUCGUAAUCUGGGGAACCGGGUUCGCGUCUCCGCUCCUCCACAUGCAGCUGCUGGGUGAGCUUGGGCCAGUCACACUUCUUUGAAGUCUCUCAGCCCCACUCACCUCACAGAGUGUUUGUUGUGGGGGAGGAAGGGAAAGGACAAUGUUAGCCGCUUUGAGACUCCUUAAAGGGAGUGAAAGGCGGGAUAUCAAAUCCAAACUCUUCUUCUUCUUCUAUAUGUUGAUGGUCGGCCACCCUGACUCGACCCCAGACACACUGAUCAGAUGUUUGGAAGCUAUGGCUGGAUGGUUUGGAAGCUAUGGCUGGAUGGUUACGUGGGAGCCGGUUGAAGUUAAAUCCUUCAAAGACAGAGGUCCUUUGGCUGGGUCAGGACAAUAUGGGGUUGGCGGGGCCAACUCCCAUCCCUUGUGGGGGUGCAAUUAGUGUCAGCGCCUUCCGUCAGGCAUUUGGCACCUCCCUUUCUAUGGAGGCGCAAGUUACAGCUACAACAAAGGCGGCAUUUUUUCAUCUCUGCUGAGCUAAACAGUUGGUCCCUUAUCUCUCUCACCCUGACCUCGCCACUGUGAUCCAUGCGACGGUCACCUCCAGACUUGAUUAUUGUAACUCACUCUACAUGGGGCUGCCCUUGAGACUGACCCAGAACUCCAGCAGGUGCAGAAUGCUGCAGCGAGACUCCUCACGGGGUCCUCGCCACGGGAGCACAUUCAUCCGGUGCUAUACCAACUGAACUGGCUCCCGGUGGAGUACAGGAUCAGGUUUAAAAUGCUGGUUUUAACCUUUAAAGCCCUAUACGGCCUAGGACCCUCAUACCUACGGGACCGCCUCUCCUGGUAUGCCCCACAGAGGACCUUAAGGUCUGCAAAUAAUAACACCCUGAAGAUCCCAGCCCCCAGGGAGAUUAGACUGGCCUCGACCACAGCCAGAGCCUUUUUGGCUGUGGCCCCGGCCUGGUGGAAUGCUCUCUCACAGGAGACCAGAAUUGACAUCUUUCCGCAGGGCCUGCAAGACAGAACUGUUCCGCCAGGCCUUUGGUUGGGGUUCAGUCUGAUUCUUUUCUUUCUGUAUAAGAACAAGCAUUAAAGAGACCUCCUAGCCUGCUCAUAGAUCCUUUAUAAGACCAGUGGUAACAGUUGGCCCUAGAGAAUAUUAACCAUUCUCAAUUUUACCCGUGGACUGCCAUCGGUCCAGAUUUUAAUUUGUUCUGAACUAAUUCUAAGAUGUAUUUUAAUUAAUUGAUUGCCUGUUUUUAUGUUCUUAUGUUCUUUGUAUACUGUGUUAGUUUUAUGAUGUUAGCUGCCCUGAGCCCGGCUGCGGCCGGGGAGGGCGGGGUACAAAUAAAUUGUUGUUGUUUCAAUCCUAGCAAAAGCACCACAAAAUUCAAGUCUGAAAUCUGGGGGGGGGGGGGACCUUUUAAAACUGAGCAAAGAUUUGUAUUGCAGGCUUUACAGCUUUCCACUUGGUCCUUUUAACAGUUCUUUGUGGUGAAUCAGAAGCUACCUUCAAAACAGUCCCCCCCAAAAUCACACCAUGCAGUGUAUAAGGGCUGGUGUUCUUUCCAUGAAAAGCACCAAUAGCUUCUCUUUACUCUUUGCUUCUGGAUCAUUGCCCAAGUCUCCCUCAUGUUGGCAAACACACAAAAUCUGUGCAAGUUUGAGUGUUGUCCCCCAUAAGAAUACCGAGGUUCCACUAACUGCUCACUGCCUGUUUGUUAACUGCCCGUUAACUGUCCCUUUGUUAACUGCCCGUUAACAAAGGGACGCGGGUUAAACCACAGAGCCUAGGGCUUCCUGAUCAGAAGGUUGGCGAUUCGAAUCCCUGCGACGGGGUGAGCUCCUGUUGCUCGGUCCCUGCUCCUGCCAACCUAGCAGUUCGAAAGCAUGUCAAAGUGCAAGUAGAUAAAUAGGUACCGCUCCAGCAGGAAGGUAAAUGGUGUUUUCAUGCACUGCUCUGCUUCACCAGAAGUGGCUUAGUCAUGCUGGCCACAUGAUCUGGAAGCUGUACGCCGGCUCCCUUGGCCAAUAAAGCGAGAUGAGCGCCGCAACCCCAGAGUCGGCCACGACUGGACCUAAUGGUCAGGGGUCCCUUUACUUUUACCUUUAUCCAGUUAACAUUCUUCCAAUGGGAGUCGGCAUCUUUCAUCUAAGGUACAAUGGCCAUGAUUGAUGAGGAGGAGUAAAAGCGAUUUGCUGAUAGACAUACACCUGAGCUGCCAAGCACACCGUGGGAUUUGAUGCUCGCAGAUGUCACUAAGAAAAUGGUUAUGGAGUGCAUCUUACUUUCAGUCCAUGCUUUCAGCAAAUGAAUCCACGCUUAGAUCUAAACCCAUUUGUUGGACCCUGAAAUACAUCUUCAAUAGAUGUGGCUCAUAACAUGCUCUUUCACCCUGGCGAUGCUGCUAAAUCACUAUAGAGACAUUAAUAAGGUGUUGCUUGUGUUGGCAAUACCAUGCAAAGGGCUCCUGGGUCUUCCACUGAACCAUGCACCGGUUGCUAAUGUUGAUGGGAUUUUGGAGCCAGUGAAACAGAAAAUUGAGCAGGCGGGCUAAUUUUCUGCAACAAUCUUCUGCCUCAGGCCUGGGACACAAAACCAGGGAAUGGAAUUCCUUGGGUGAGUUUUGCACAUCAUUCAGCACAAUGGAAUUUGUAUGGAUUUUCACAAAACUAGAUGUUUCCCCCGCUUUUUUUUUCUUAGGCAGUGAUAUACUAAGAGGAGGCCAUCAUCUCAAACUCACUGAGCCAAUUGACAUUCUCUACAGAGCCUAGGACUUGCCGAUCAGAAGGUCGGCGGUUCGAAUCCCCGCAACAGGGUGAGCUCCCGUUGCUCGGUCCCUGCUCCUGCCAACCUAGCAGUUCGAAAGCACAUUAAAGUGCAAGUAGAUAAACAGGUACCGCUCCAAUGGGAAGGUAAACGGCAUUUCUGUGCGCUGCUCUGGUUCACCAGAAGCGGCUUAGUCAUGCUGGCCGCAUGUCCCGGAAGCUGUACGCCAGCUCCCUGGGCCAAUAAAGCGAGAUGAGCGCCACAACCCCAGAGUCGGUCACGACUGAAUCUAAUGGUCAGGGGUCCCUUUACAUUUACCUUUACCCUCUUGCAGUUUCAAGGCCGCCCCCCCUGUCAUCUGGAGCGGGGCCAGUUAAACCUGGAGACAUCAGUUCAGACCUGGAGGUCUGGGAGGCCCUACAUGCACUAUAUAUUUAAAGUUGUAUCAUAAACAGUCAUUAAAAGGUAAAGGGGCCCCUCACCAUUAGGUCCAGUUGUGGCCGACUCUGGGGUUGCGGCGCUCAUCUCGCUUUAUUGGCCGAGGGAGCCGGUGUACAGCUUCCGGGUCGUGUGGCCAGCAUGACUAAGCCGCUUCUGGAGAACCAGAGCAGCGCACGGAAACGCCGUUUACCUUCCCGCCGGAGCAGUACCUAUUUUUCUACUUGCACUUUGACGUGCUUUCGAACUGCUAGGUUGGCAGGAGCAGGGACCGAGCAGUGGGAGCUCACCCUCUUGCGGGGAUUCGAACCGCCGACCUUCUGAUCGGCAAGCCCUAGGCUCUGUGGUUUAACCCACAGCGCCACCCGUGUCCCAGUCAUUACUUUCCCCCAUAGAAUGCUGAAGUUUGGCAAGGCUGCUGAGAGUUGUCAGGAAACCCUAUUUAUACAGUGGAAGAUCAUGGGGGGGGGGGGCAGUUGGUUUUCAGUGGUAGCUGAGAACCAGUCAAAAGGAUGAGACUGCACUUGGUUGCAGGUGAAAUGAAAGACCUCUGCCGUAGACUCUGCUGCCAGUCAGAGUAGGAGACAAUAGGCUACAGGAAAUGGUCAAACGGCCUGCCAUCAUAUAUGGCAGCUUCCUACACUCUUUGCAGUUCCCCAUCUUCUUUGCUUGAAACUGGUUUGGUCUAUAUGGCAUCUUUGCCCCCGUUGUGAGCUGUAAAUGCACAUCUCAGCGAGAGCCUUAUGCGCCGCACAAGAACCAUUUCUUCCCACAGCAGGCUCUGCCUCUCUCGAUGCUAAAUUGGCUAAUAAGGACUCCUGAUGAUUUAUAGGAUUGCAUGGGGAGCGGUAAUGAGUUUGCUUGACAUCUCUGCAAAACGCCUGGCCUGCUUCUGAUAGCUGCCAGUAAUGAAUCACCAUCUAACUAUUAGGGUCAGCCAACUGACAGAGCAAUACUUGAGAUUGGGGCGGGGGGGGAGAGAGAACGGUGGAUCUUAUUAUGCUGUCUAAUAGUAUAUGAGUAAUUUGAAAUCCGGCAUCAAAUGAAAAGGCAAAAGAAAAUCUCAGAGAAGAUUAACCAGUUGUACAAAUCAACAUUGCCUUGGAUCCUCAGUUGCUGUCACUGGUGGAAGAAGUGAUUUCCGUAAAUUUUCUUCUGAAAUUCCUUCUGAAAAUCUAGGUGGGACUCUCCAGAAGAGUGUGCAGGAUGGGGGGCAGCAGGGGGAGGGAGAAUCAGCAAAAUUGAACUCAACAUGUGGAAGCCAUUCUUGGACAAAAAGCCCCAUGCAUAUGCAGAAGAGAUGCAUGAGAGUCAACCCACCGCCGUUAAGUAUUUUUCUCAGUGUGUAAGUAAUAAACAAACCUUGUUGGCUGCUAUCUAUUAUUCAGCAAAGUUGUAAAGAAAUCAUCUGCAUUUUCCCUCUUCUGCCUUUUGUUUCUUGUAGGUUGUUUCUUAAAAGCAAAAACCUGCAGCACAUCUGAGGAAUCGUGAUGGAAACCUCAAGGAGUGUGAUAAUAAAAACAACACUGGAAAGGAAAGCUUUCUGCACCUUCUUAGGUUGUUGUCAGGUUUCGCAUGAAGUAAAGGUGGCUUGAGGGACGCAGGUGGCACGGUGGUCAAAACCACUGAGCCCCUUAGGCUUGCCGAUCAGAAGGUUGGCGGUUCAAAUCCCUGUGACGGGGUGAGCUCCCGUUGCUCGGUCCCAGCUCCUGCCAACCUAGUAGUUCAAAAGCAUGCCCAAAAAAGUGCAAGUAGAUAAAUAGGUACCACUCUGGCGGGAAGGUAAAUGAAGUUUCUGUGCGCUGCUCUGGUUUCGCCUGAAGUAGCUUAGUCAUGCUGGCCACAUGAUCCGGAAAAACUGUCUGCGGAAAAACGUCGGCUCCCUCAGCCAGUAAAGUGAGAUGAGUGCCACAACCCCAGAAUUGUCUGUGACUGGACUUAACUGUCAGGGGUCCUUUACCUUUUUUUAAACUGUGGCUUAAUUUUUUUAAAAAAAAUCCUCAGGCCAAACAAGUGACAAAUUCUGGAGAAAGUCCAAACAAAUGUCAUUAAAACUAGCAAAAAAAUAUCAGGGUGGGUUAGCAUAUCCCGUCCGUAAUAUAUUUGCUACAUUUGUACACCACCGUUCCGUCAAGGAAUAUCAUAUCCUCAUAAUCUGUGUGUGAAGACAACUGAGCUGAGAGACAGUAACAGAUCUGAAGAACAAGUGAGUCCUGCGACAAAAUAUUGCAGUGUUGUGUGGCUCCUGUUCAGGGUUCCUAGCUGCUAGCCAGCUGGCCAGCCAUGUCAGCUCUGGGAUACUCCAUUCCAUUGCCUCCCCCCUGAUUUUCAGCCCUCCUACCCCACGAAUAGUCAACAUUCCACACCCACUGAGUAUGCUUGUUCCUCAUUGGUCUGUUCUGAGUGCUCCCUUCCUGCCCCCCUUGUUAUUUGAACUGGCCUGUUAAUUCCUAUGUCAGCCAACUACUAUAUAUUUUUUGCUCUUUCCAGCUUAGCAACUAUUUUUGUUUGUGUUGCUGCCCAGAUAGACUAAAUGCUGGUAGACAAAUCGUGGUGAUCUUAUACACCCUAGCACUGGGUAUUAAUUGGAUUUCUAAUUAGUUACAAAUCUUUAGCCUUGGGAAGAGGUGGCUAAUAACCACCCGACCAUCUAAUUCACUGCAUCGGAAAAUCCGGUGUCAUUUCUCUUGAUGCUUCACAUUGAUUUUUGAAACCAGACCACUGAAGCUAAAAAUUGGAUUUUCAAACAGAUAUUCAGAACAAGUGUAAGAUGCAGCCUGCAGCGGGAUUGUACCCUUACAUAGUUCAUAUUUUGUAAAAAUUAGUCUGUUAUUAGCAGGCCCCAUGGGACGCAGGGGGUGGACACAAUGCUUGCCACAACAGCAGGAGUGGGGAACCUCUGCCCCAUGUGCCAAACCUGACCUCUCCAUUGGGCUCACCUUCUUCAUGCCUGACAUCAUAUGCAGCUGCAGGAAGAAGGACUGAACACCUGCUUGGUUCAGGUGUGCCAGCCAGUUGCCCAUUAGUUGCUUGGGGAUAUUCCUAGCCCAACCUGGAGAUGUUGGGGAUUGGACCUGAGACCUUUCACAUGCAAGGUAGUUGCUCUAGCACAGAGUUACAAGCCCUGCCCCAAGGAGGCAGAUGCAGAGAAGGGCAUUUGAAUAAACCCAGAAUCGUAGAGUUGGAAGAAGAAGAAGAGGAGAGGUUUGGAUUUGAUAUCCCGCUUUAUCACUACCCGAAGGAGUCUCAAAGCGGCUAACAAUCUCCUUUCCCUUCCUCCCCCACAACAAACACUCUGUGAGGUGAGUGGGGCUGAGAGACCUCAGAGAAGUGUGACUGGCCCAAGGUCACCCAGCAGCUGCAUGUGGAGGAGCGGGGAAGCGAACCCGGUUCACCAGAUUAUGAGACUACCGCUCUUAACCACUACACCACACUGGAAGGGACCCUAUUACAACUCCCUGCAAUGCAGGAAUAUUUGUCCCAUGCGAGGAUAGAACCUGCAACCUUGGCGUUAACAGCAUCACGCACUAACCAACUGAGCUAACCAGGCCCUUGCACCUCAUGGAUAAUAAAGGCUCCUGUGAAAGAGGGUAGCUGGCGCAGAUGAUGGAUUGCUUCCUCUGUCUGAAGUUCUUGCUUGAUGCACAUGCAUGUUGAGUCAAACUCCUGGAGGGGCGAGGUGCUACUAGGACUGACAGCAAGGUCACAAUAUCUCGGCCAAUCUCUGCCAAAGGCUCCAUAACCCAUACCCUCCAAGUGCCCCUAUUUUCCAGGGACAGUCUCGGAAUCGCGAAAGCCACCCCGGCUUCUAGAUUUGUCUAGAAUGUCCCUAUUUUUCCCACCAGUGCCUCCACCAUCCUCAGGGAUGAGGAUGAGCUGGUGCUGAAAUAUACAUUUUUUAAAAAACCAGAAGCAUUUUUACUUGGUAUUAUAGGUCAGGACAUUAAUAGGCAAGAUGUUAAAUUGUUUUUAUAUGCAACAACUGCAGCAAGAGUGUUGUUAGCCCAGAAAUGGAAACAAGAAGAAAUUCCGACGAAAGAAGAAUGGCAGACGAGAUUAAUGGACUAUGCAGAAUUGGACAAAAUGACAGGAAGGAUUCGAAACCUGCAGGACCAGAGAUUUACAGAAGAUUGGAAGAAGUAUAUGAAUUAUUUGAAGAGCAACUGUAAUCAACAAAUUACGCUAGUAGGAUUACAAGAAGUUUUGUAAGGAGAAAUAUACAAAGUGUUACAAAGUAGAAAAAGAUAGAGAUAUUGGUUAUGAGUUUGAAAUGUAAUAGGGAAGAUAAGAAAUGCAUACUGAGAGAUUAGAUUGGAAAAUUUUCAGACAGGAUUGAUGGAAGUCAAAAAUUUGAAUAAGAUGUAAAAGUAUGUUUAAUUCCUGUUGAAAAUGAUAUGUUAAAAAAACUAAUAAAAACAUUAUAAUAAUGAGGAUGAGCUGGUGCUUAUGCUGAGUAGCAAAGGUGGCUGCAUUUGUGAGGGAGCAUCCCGUUGCCUCUCCAUGGCUGCUGCUGUCGGCCUCCUCUCUUGGGCUGCUGGAGACCAGGUGAGGAGGAAGAAGAAGAAGAGUUUGGAUUUGAUAUCCCGCUUUAUCACUACCCAAAGGAGUCUCAAAGCAGCUAACAUUCUCCUUUCCCUUCCUCACCCACAACAAACACUCUGUGAGGUGAGUGGGGCUGAGAGACUUCAGAGAAGUGUGACUGGCCCAAGGUCACCCAGCAGCUGCAUGUGGAGGAGCAGGGAAGCGAACCCGGUUCACCAGAUUACAAGUCCAUCGCUCUUAACCACUACACCACACUGGUGUAGGAGGAGGACAGGCUGUUGUGUGUGCUGGGGGACAAAAACCCGGGGUUGAGGAGGGUCAGUCGGGGAGGGAAGUGAGAAAUGUCCCUAUUUUCAUCUGAGGAAUGUUGGAGGGUUUGCAUAACCACCAAAAUCUUUUAGCUUUUCCAUAGAAAAAGCAACGGUGAUCACACUCUGCACCUGACACUUUUCCCCGCCUGUCUUUCUAGGAACCAAUCCAAAGGGAGUUGUCGCUGAUGGAUUUGGUACCGAAAAACAAGAGCCAUUUCCAAAACGGAUUACUUGUGCCUUAGAAGUAAGGAAUGAGAAAAUGCAUGAAGCAUGA